AUGGCCACGUUAAAUUUCGCGCCAUUCAACUAUGGCUCUGAGACAUGGGAGUCUUACACGGCUCGGUUUGAAUGUUUUUUGGUCGCACACGACCUCACCGAGCUGACGGACGAGCGAAAAUGUGCGUUUUUCUUGUCCGUCUGUGGCACAGACGUUUUCCACACCGCCAGGGCUCUCACAGCUCCUGAGCCUAUCAAGGCCGUUCCGUGGCCCGUGCUGCUGGCAAAGCUGACGAGCCAUUAUGCUCCAUCCCCGUCCAAGAUAGCCCGCCGGCACGCGUUUCACCAACGGAGCCAAGCUGAAGGAGAGUCUGUCAGCGCGUAUGUUGCUGCACUACGAUCGGCCGCUCUGCACUGUGAGUUCCGAGAUCUCGAUGAAGCUCUCCUCGACCGCCUGAAGAUCCAACUAACGGUGACGUUAGAAGGGAAGCCCUGCGAGAUGGAGCUCGACACCGGUUCCGCAACGUCCAUAGUGUCUUGGAGCACAAUCAAACGCCUCUUGCCUCAGCUGUCCAAAUGCCAAUUACAAGACUGUCAUCUCACAUUAAGAGACUAUCAGGGCAACCUGAUUCCAGUAAUUGGCACCCGUAAAGUCAGAGUGCAGUUCAAGGGGUUUGAUGGCCGGUUACCUCUAAUCAUAGUCGAGGGACGGCUGCCCAGCCUUCUAGGUCUCGACUGGUUCCAGUCCCUAGGUCUGCAAGUCAGCGGAAUCCACCACCUCGGCGCAACUGCACUCGAUUGCCUGGUCAACGAAUUUCCAGCUGUCUUUGAUGGCACCUUAGGCAAAUAUACAGGCACACCUGUUUCUUUUAACCUCGACCCGUCAGUACAGCCGGUGCGAAUGAAGCCACGCCGAGUCCCCAUUGCACUCAAGCUGAAGGUGGACGCCGAGCUGGACAAACUCGUAGCUCAGGGCGUCCUCAAGCCAGUGGAUCAUGCACGAUGGGAAACACCCAUCGUGCUACCGAUUAAGCCGGACGGCAGCGUGAGGAUCUGCGCAGACUACCGCUGCUCCAUCAACCGUGCCCUGCCUUCCAACGCGUACCCAGUGCCAGUGGUCCAGCACCUCCUACACACUCUGGGCGAGGGGUCUAUUUUUGCGAAACUCGACCUUGCACAAGCGUAUCAACAACUGGUGGUGGACGAUGAAGCAGCUGAGGCGCAAACAAUCAUCACGCACCGGGGCGCAUUCCGUUGCCGCAGAUUGCAGUUUGGGGUGAGCAUUGCCCCUGGACUUUUUCAAAGUUUGAUGGAGCGGUUGCUCCAAGGACUCCGGGGCGUCGUCCCCUAUUUUGACGACGUCCUCGUAUCUGCAACAUCCUUAGAAGAACUCAUGGCCAGAUUGCGGGGGGUUCUUCAGAAAUUUCAACAAGUGGGACUCAAAGUCAAAAGAGACAAGUGCCAGGUUGCGGUGUCCCAGAUAGAGUUCCUUGGGUUCCUCAUUGAUGGCAGUGGCAUCCACCCCACUGCUGCCAAGACCAAAGCCAUCCUUGAGGCCCCUGCACCUACUAAUAGAGCUGAACUACAGGCCUUUUUAGGCCUACUCAAUUUCUAUGCGGUCUUCCUGCCGCAUAAAGCCUCUGUCGCUGAGCCACUUCACCGUCUCCUAGACUCGGGGGCUGCCUGGGUCUGGGGCCGACGGGAAGCUUCCGCAUUCAUAGCUGUUAAACACCUCCUGAUCUCCAACGACGUCCUCGUCCAAUACAGCGAGCACUUGCCUUUAGUGCUCGCCUGCGACGCUUCACCCUACGGGGUGGGCGCUGUCCUUUCCCACCAGUUGCCUAGUGGGGCAGAGGUGCCUGUUGCCUAUUUUUCCCGCACUCUCUCUGCCUCCGAACGCAACUACGCGCAAAUUGACAAAGAGGCCCUAGCUAUUGUGGCCGGGGUGCGGCGUUUCCAUCACUAUUUGUACGGCCGCCCCUUCCAAAUUGUCACUGACCACAAGCCAUUGCUGGGGUUACUCGCCGGCGACCGCCCUGCCCCGCAGGUGCUGUCUCCCCGAAUGAUGCGUUGGUCUGUGUUCCUCGCCUCGUACGACUACCUGCUCCUGCACCGACCGGGGAAGCAGAUCGCUCACGCCGAUGCCCUCAGCCGUUGCCCCUUGCCGGACGCUUCUGAAGACCCCGCUGCUGCCGCUCCCGUCUUCCUCAUUGAUGACCUCAACCUUCCAAUUUCUGCCGCCGACAUCGCCCGGUUGUCCGCAAGGGAUCAGGUAAUAUCCCGGGCACUAGAUUGGGUUAGGCGAGGGUGGCCCAAGGACCCCGUAGAUCCCAUUUUCCUUCCCUUCAAAUCACGGCUGGCGGAGCUCUCCGUCCAGCGCGGCUGUUUGCUGUGGGGCCACCGCGUCGUGGUGCCUGCCUCACUGAGGACUACCGUCCUGCGACAGCUUCACCUAGCACACCCCGGCAUUGUCCGAAUGAAAGCCCUGGGCAGAAGCUAUGUCUGGUGGCCUAAGUUGGACCAGGACAUAGCAGCCCAUGUUGCCGGGUGCCCGAAAUGCCAGGGCGCCCAAGCUUUGCCUCCCAAAGCCGAGCCCCGGACGUGGGAGCCACCAUCCUCCCCCUGGUCUCGAAUCCACAUUGAUUUUGCGGGCCCUAUUCAGGGCCGCAUGCUCUUGAUUGUUGUGGAUGCCUUCUCGAAGUGGGUCGAGGCCAUCCACAUGUCCUCCACAACGGCGGACGCGCUUAUUGCCACCCUCCGCCACGUAUUUGCCACCCAUGGGUUACCCGACGUGUUGGUGUCCGAUAACGGACCACAACUGACAGCUGCCAAGUUUGAGGCCUUCCUAGCUUCCCAGGGCAUCCGACAUGCCCUUACCUCUCCCUUUCACCCCUCUAGUAAUGGAUUGGCGGAGCGCGCCGUGCGGUCCGUCAAGGAGGCCCUCUCCAAAAUGGAUCACCUGCCCUGGCAAGAACGCAUUGAUGCCUUCUUGUUGGCUCACCGCUCCACACCUUCCCCAGAAUCCAACACCAGCCCGGCCGAGCUCCUUAUGGGACGGCGGCUGCGAACGACCCUUGACCGGUUGCACCCUGCCUACUCCACCCCAACGCCUUUGGAUUCUCAGGGAGGGACGAGAUCCUUCGCCCAGGGGGAGGCAGUGUAUGCCCGCAAUUAUGGAGGGCAUCCCUUGUGGCUACCGGGCAUAGUAACUGAUCAGACCGGGCCCUGCUCCUACAGGGUCAGGCUCCUCGACGGCAGAACGUGGAAACGCCACUGCGACCAGUUGCGGAGCAGGCACCCAGUGCUACCAUGCCAGCAGCCACCGACCAACCCAUCGAGUCCAACUGCGGCGACCAGCGACGGGGAACCCAGAAACGAGGAGGCCGCCGGAGAGCAGGCAGCCAGUGCUCUAAACCGAAGCGGCGACUUACCUGGUGGGCCAGCACCCUCCUAUGUUCUUCCUCGACGACCCGGGCAAUCACCAUCCUCCGGCGCAGGGUCCUCGGCCGAGCAACCAGAGCCUCCAGACAGGGCAGAAGUGCCCCGGGCAUCCGGCCGAAUCAGGCGGCGGCCAGCGAAACGGAUGAUCACCGCCACCCCUGAUACAAGAGAUCUCCAUCUGGAGAAGCGUUCAAAGCGAGAUAAGGUGAAGGGGCAGUUAAGGAGCAGUUUUCUUGACUCCAUUAUCAUUGUCGACAAGCAUGUGGCCAGCACUAUGGGCCUUUGGUCCUGUCUGGGAGACUUGUCGGGUACCUCUGGUCAUACGUCGGCAUCACUAUCUGGGUCUUGA